AUGCCUUCUCAUGAAGAGGAAGAUAAGCCUUGCAGAGCUUGUACAGAUUUUAAGACAUGGGCUAAGCAGCAGAAGCCAAAAAAAAUAACAAUCAGUCCUCCAAAUGAACCGUCACUACAAAAACGAAAAGAUUGUCCUCUGGACAAAAAUGAGUUGGGACGAUCCACUUGGGGCUUUCUACAUUCUAUGGCUUCAUAUUACCCUGAAAAGCCCACCACAUCACAGUCACAAGACAUGGCCAAAUUUUUCAACAUUUUUGCACAGUUCUACCCAUGUGAACCUUGUGCAUUAGACUUCCAAGAAGACAUUAAGAAACACCCACCAAAGACGAAAUCAAGGGAGGAGUUAGCAAAAUGGCUGUGUGAAAGACAUAACACAGUAAAUGUUAAAUUAGGCAAGCCAGUUUUCGACUGUAGUAAAGUGCAUGAAAGAUGGCUCGACGGCUGGUCAGAUGGCUCAUGUGACUAA